UAUUUUAGUAGCGCAAUUAUCCAAGAAGUCCCCCGAGGUAUUCGACAGUCGGAAAGGAUUUAAUGAAGAAGGAGGGCGGAGUAAACUACGCGACUCUGGUGUGACAGAUGUUGGAAAAGUCUUGUUGAGCGUAGAGCGAAGAGGAAGAGGAGGGAGAGGGAGACUGUCCUGAACAGAGAUGUCUCUUUGUUGGAGAUGAGCUGUGAGCGUUAAAGGGGUGAAGACUUUGCGAUGAAUCCUGCUCUAAAAGCAUCAGCUGGUUGUACUGAAGGGCAUGUUAUUGACAGAAAAACAUCUCUUCAGAGGAAUUAAGUCUAAUUUCAACAUAACUGCCACUGGUUAUGAAAAGCUGCACUCCAAGACUGAAACGGCAGGGGGUAAGAUGUUUGUGGAGUCAGUUGUACGAUGGGGGGUGUGGAGCAUCCUACUCCAGUUUGGACUGGGUGUAUCUGCAGGAAGCUGUCCUUCACGCUGCUCGUGCCGACCUGAGGCUAGAGAAGUGAUCUGCUCUGGCAAGUAUUUGAAUUCGGUGCCAGAGGGCUUCUCCAAUGAUGCCAGGCGUUUGGAUUUAACCCGCAAUAGGAUUAAGACUGUGGGACGCCGCCAGUUCUCUGGCCUUCUGCAACUUCAAGAGUUGGACCUCAGUUAUAAUAUAAUCUCCAUGAUUGAAGUAGAGGCUUUCUCAGGCUUACAGAAUCUCAGGGCCCUUCGAAUUAAGAAUAACCGUCUCAAGAUUCUUCCGGUUGGGGUGUUCUCUGGUUUGUCCAAUCUGCGCUUUCUGGAUUUAAGCCAGAAUGAGAUUCUGGUCUUCCUGGACUUUACAUUUAAGGAAAUGGCCAACCUGCAAACACUGGAAGCUGGGGAAAAUGACCUUGUUUUUAUCUCCCAGCGAGCUUUCUUUGGUCUACAAAAUCUGCAAGAGCUUAACUUAGACCGUAGCAACCUGACCUCCAUUCCCACAGAAGCAUUCUCCCAGCUCCAGAGCCUGACACAACUCCGCAUGCUACGCCUCACAAUCUCUGCGUUGCCCAACAAUGCUUUUCGGCGACUCCACCGUUUACGCAGCCUCCAAAUCUCAAACUGGCCAGCACUAGACACUAUGGCUGGCAACAGUCUAAUUGGUCUUAAUUUGACUUCCUUUGUCAUCAGCAGCUGCAACCUAAGUGCAAUUCCUUACGCAGCACUUCGUCAUCUGGUGUAUCUGCGCUUCCUGGAUCUGUCCUACAACCCCAUCACUGUUAUCCAAGGUAACCUGCUCGGGGACCUCCUGAGACUCCAGGAGUUACAUCUAGCUGGGGCAAGCCUGCUACGAAUAGAGCCAGGAGCCUUUAGGGGACUGUCCUUCUUUCGUGUGCUUAAUGUAACAUCCAAUCAGCUUACUACAUUGGAGGAGAGUGCUUUCCAUUCUGUGGGGAACCUUCAGGUGUUGAGAUUAGAUGGGAAUCCCCUUGCAUGUGACUGCCGACUUCUCUGGGUGGUUCGGCGCCAGGGUCGCUUGAGUUUUGAUGGUUAUCAGCCCACUUGUUCUUCUCCUGAUGCUAUCAGGCACCGUGCGUUCAGAGACUUUUCAGAAAAGGAACUCCCAAGGCUUUUUACCUGCCGCCCUGCUCGAAUCAUGGACCGCAGGCCACAGGAUGCAAGAGUAGAAGAAGGUACCACAGUUCUUUUUUCAUGCAAGGCUGAUGGGGAUCCAUACCCAUCAAUCACUUGGAUCUCAUCCCAUAAAAAUGUGGUCUCUCCAACGGGAAGAAUCAGAGUUUUACCAAAUGGUACUUUAGAAGUGCGAUUUGCUCAGGUUCAGGACAGUGGCACAUAUCAGUGCAUGGCAGGCAAUGCAGCUGGCAAUGAUAGCCUGACUGUGGGCUUGUAUGUGAAGGGCCUACCACGUAACAGGACGAUCCCUUACUUCACAGAGGAGGGCUGGGUGGAGCCUUCAAAUUCCCAAGCAGCAAACUCCUCAGCUCAAAUGGCCAAACCGUACCCCUUUGAUGCAAAGACCCUGGUCAUCGCCACUACAAUGGGCUUCCUGUCUUUCCUCAGCUCAGUGGCAAUUUGUUUUGUCUUCAUGUUUUUCUGGAGUCAAAGCAAAGGUCAGAUCAAGCACACAGCAACCAUUGACUUUGUUCCCCGGUCGUCUGUGGGUGGAGGAGGAGGGGAUGGAGGUGACGGUGGAAGGUUUACUAUGAAACUUAUUUAAAAUCAUGCAAAAAAGGGAGGGGUCUUAAUAAUGACUGUUAGUUAUUCUGCAUUAUGGACUUUGAUUGCUGUGCUCAGACACAGAGACCUGCAUUCAAAGGUCCCGUGAGAUGGCACAUCAGAGCCAGUUUAUUGGCCUCUUCUAAUUUUGGAGUGGAAAGUUACGUCUCAGUGAUCCCUUCUCUAUAAAAUACAUCUAAUUAAUAUCUCAUGAACCUUGGAUAGUGUGAUGUUAAAUGACUGUAGGAAGAGUUUUAAUGGUUGCUGUGCAUUUGUUUUCAAAAACUUUCAAUAAGCAGAUACUUAGCAGAGAUUUCUUUCCUAUGUAGUUUGGGAAUACAAAACAGUUUUCACAGGUUUGGAUAAUAAUUUAUGACAAUAACAGUUUAUGACACAGCUAUUGCUUUUUAAAACACAUCAGGUGCUGUUUACUCAUCCAUAUUGUACUAAUAGACUUUCUUGUCUUCACUUGAAAUUAAAAGUCAAGUAAAAAUUUGCCAUUUUAACACAAAUUUUGCAUUGGUUUUAAGACUUUAAUAUUUGAAUAUGUAACUAUCAAGCUUUAGUUAUACAUAUUUAUGAAAUAGACUAGCCAAAUGAUUUCUUUUUCUCAACGUGAUUUUUGACAUUGUAAAAAUUUUUACUAUAUUUUGAAAGUGCGGCUUUGGAGUUCUCAGUUAUGGAUAGCACUUAUGUUAAAUGAUGAUGUAGCAGUGUAAAGGCACUGAUAGUUAACCGUGUACAUAGGAAUGUAUCCUUUCCUUUUUCAUACAUUAAACUACUUUUUUUUUAGGUCUCUUUCUCCUUUUGUUAUACUUUAAUUUACCGCAUAACAGUAGAUGACUAUUUGUUUUAUCAGGGCAUGCUAUUAUUUCUCAUUCUUUUUUAUAUUCAAGAACCCAUUUUUUUUGCACCCACACAAAACACUGAACAAUAUGUGCCUCAGUAACAUUCUCACCGUGGACACAGAGAAUGCUCAUCUGAUCAGUGUUAUCUUGUAAAUAUUUAGGUCAAGGGCGAUUUGUGUCCUCUGUUUAUUCUGUCACUCUAUCUAGUUCUGGGGAUUAGUUUUCACUCAAAUAUGUCACUCUUGUUGUCUGUACAUUUAAAUGAGUAGAUGCUCUAGGCCUCGCACAAAACAAUGCUUAAUUAUGCCAGGAAAGGAGGUUGUAAAUAAUGCACACAUACACUGAUGUACAUGUUUGCUGUAAAUUACCUUCUUUUUUUCAUUCUGUCAUUAAAUGCCUAUUUGAACCUG